GUAAAAUUCAUAAGUAAGAAUUAAAUUUUAUAUUUUAUUAUACAAGAUCAGUUUAAAAUAUACAAGAAUUACUCUUAACUGAUAAUGAUAGUUUAAAAAUGCUCAUAUUUGAUAUCAUUUUUCACAUAAUUAAAAUCAUCUAAAUAAACAAAACAAACAAACUCUUACUUAAACUACUGAAAGCUAAAUUAAAAAUAAAAACUUUUUAAAUGUCUGAUUACGAACAUUAUGACUAAGGAGAAUCUGGUUCUUCUUUAACUUAUCCGAUGUAAGCUGGUAAUGUUUAAAAAAAUGGCUAUGCUAUGCUAAGAGGUUUUCCUUGUAGAGUUACUGAAAUGACAACUUGUAAGGCAGGAAAGCAUGGACACGAAAAGGAUACUAUUAUCGGUAUUAAUAUUUUCUCAGGCAAAAAAUAUGAAGACUCAUGUCCAACUUCCCAUAAUAUGGAAAUACCAUUUGUAAAGAAACAUGAAUUCUAAUUGAUAGAUAUAUCAGAUGAUGACUAUCUUACUCUUUUGCUUGAAAACGGAGAAAUCAAGGAAGAUCUUAAACUUCCUGACGAUGAACCACAAUUAGUAGAAAAACUUAGAGCAGAUUUUGAUAGCCAAAAGGAUAUUCUUGUCUCUAUAAUAUCAGCUAUGGGAUAGGAAAAAGUUAUUUCUUACAGAGAAUUAGUUAAUUGAAAUAAAUCUUUUAAUUUAUUAUCUUUUUUUAUUUCUCAUAAGAAUAUUAAAAAAAUACGAUUUUUAAUUAUAAAUUUUAAAUUAAAUUAAUUAAAUUUAUUUUAUAUUUUUUUAAGGCUGUUUGAAUUUUAC